GUCACGGGCAAUUGUUUUUCAGCUGUAGAGAAAAUGGCUGCCACGACGAUGGUCGGGGCGACGGGAGAUGCUCUCAGUAUGGACGAGAAAAAGUUUGAAUAUUUAUCGUCCAUCAAUUCCAUGGCCAGAAAGAUAAUGCAAGAGAGGGAGAAAAUCAAAGAAAAACAUGGAUCGGCUUGGAAUAACAUGACACCGGUUGAACAGGACACGGCCAUCGACAACGUAAUGAUGGAUCCCCAUAUCAGAGCCCGAUAUGGUAUGCACAGGGUGAACCGUGACGAAGUUGUUUGUUAUCCUAAACUGCUUCUUCAGACCGGCCAAAAGAUUGUACACUUUGGAGAGGAGGAUCUCACAUGGCAAGAUGAACAUUCUGCACCGUUUUCUUGGGAAACAAAGAGCCAGCUUGACUUCAGUCUUUCUACCGGUGCCUCAGAGCCAAGUGCACCAUCAGCUGUGGUUGAAACAAAGCCAAGCAAACCUGCUCAAGGUAACCAGCUGGCAAAACCAACACCCCCUCCCAAGAGUUCCAAUAACAAUGACGCAGCACGGCGAGGGGAAGAAGAGUCCUCCUUUUGGAAGAUCAGUCUGGAGAGAUCCAGGCUCGAGGGUGAGAAGGCUGAAUUCCAGUCCCUCACCCCGAGCCAGAUCAAAUCCAUGGAGAAAGGAGAGAAGCCCCUUCCAUCGUACCUGCGAACAGAGGCUGAGGAGCCACCUCCGCCAAGCCGACCUACCAAGCAGAGAGCCCCCAGACCCCCUGCGCCUCCUCCUCCCAUCCCUGUCAUUGUGCCCCCUGCUCCUGUCAGUGUGACUCCUGCAGCCAUCAGCGUCACUCCCGCUGCCGUCUCUGCUCCUGCUCCUCCACCACCCUCAGUGGCCGGAUGGGAGCGCUCCCAGAGCACCCUCCCCUCAGUCACCACCACCUUGGAUGACGUAUUCAGCCCAGGCCUGGCCUCCAAGGCUCCGGCGAGCUCCAGCAGCGCUGCUAAAGAGGAGGACAAGAGUGAAGUGUCUCUGGGCUCCAGCCCUACUCUCUCUCAGUUGACUGGUGGCAGCCUGCUGAAGACUGGCUUUGACUUCUUGGACAACUGGUAACGCCUGCACGGACCAAAAAAAACGCUGGACACACCGUUCCAGCGGAAAGGACCUUCUCCCUAUCAUGCACACAAGCAGGACUUAUGUUUGCCCUCUAGUAUUUAUUCAUGUAGCUUACUUCAUUUCUUACAAUAUAUUUAUCUUUUUCCCCCAUCACUGAAGUGGAACACUACAAACUUUGCCCAGUCCCAAUUUUGCUAUUUGUUUGUUUUUGUUUUUUUUUUAAUCCGACACAGAAUGCCAAAUGAAACAAUUUUUGUUGACUUAGACAUAAAUGCAUCUUGAUUAAUUGUUGUAGUCAAAGUAUGCGCAUCUCUUACCUGUGUAUGACAAUGGCAAUAGAUCAGGUAAUUUUGUAAAAGUUACUUUCCUGAACACAGCUUAUCACUGUUGUUUCUCUGACCUCCUACUAGUGCAAAGCCAGGAUAGUACGCAGUAUUAUGUACAAGUUGAUGUAUUUGUAGAUUUGGUUGGUUUGUAAAGCUACAACCCUUUGUACACUACAGCUAAAAUACAUAGUUGUUAGAUUGCCUUUUGUAUGGACACUUUCUUCAUGUAACAUUUUGCUUUGUAUUUUUUGGUAUGGCACUCGUGCAAAAUGAAUGAAUCACAAAAAAAUGAGUACUUUCAUUGUCUUGAUUUCACCUCACUUUGACAUCAGUUUCAAACGUAAUGAAAAAACAAUUGUCGUGGCACUUUCAGAACUUCAUGUAGUACACUUAAUGAGACCAACGUUUUGGCUUACACCUUGUUACAACCUGUUGAAGGUUUAAGCCGAAACGUUGGUGAUUUUAAAUGAACAGCAUGAAGUUCAGAGUGUGCCAUGACAUUUUUUCAUUAAGCUUACUAUUGACCGCCGUGUGCACCUCACA